AUGUCCGCGCCCGCGCCCACCUCACACAGUUCCUCUCGAGACCCCCGCCGCACCUCAACAGUGCCAAAACGCACCUCGCUCCUCCCACGCCCCAGCUCCAUAGCAAUCGACCCCACCGCCCUCAUUGCACAACACGCCCAACUCACCGGCACACACCCCAUCACCAUCGGCCCGAGGGCCGUGCUACAUCCGCACAGCAAAAUCGAUAGUACUGGGUGUGUGGUGAUGGUGGGCGAGGGCGUUGUGGUUUUUGAGAGGGCUAGGGUGGGUGUUGCUGAUGUUGAGGCGCAGCCCGCGCUGGUGAGGAGAAGUAGUGGGAUGAGCGCCGGGGGCAGAGAUUCUAGGGCGAGGGGGGAUGGAGUGGUGUUGGGGAGGAAUGUGGUCGUUGAGACGGGGGCGGUUGUUCAAGGUGCAGAGGUGGGGGAGGGAAGUGUGGUGGAGGUUGGGGCUGUUGUUGGGAGGGGGGCUGUGGUUGGGAAGUAUUGCACAAUCUCGGCAGCAUCCGUCGUCCCACCGUAUACCAAUCUGCCAGACUACACAGUCGUCUUCAGCGGCUCCCAGAAACGCAUCGAUAAGACCCUUCAACAACGACCAGAUAUCCUUGAGGCGAAGAUGGCAGUACACAAGAAGCAGCUGGACAUGUUUAGACAGUUGGUUGCGAACAACAUCACGAAGUGGACGGGCUGA